AUGACUGAAAAACCGGUGGACAAGGCGGAAAAGCCUGCGGACAAGACUGAAAAACCGGUGGACAAGACUGAAAAACCUGCGGACAAGUCUGAAAAACCGGCAAACAAAGAGAAGAUAGAGAGAGUGGGUAAGGGAGGCGAGAUGACGAUCUUUACAAAAGGGCUCGUCUUCAUUCUUCACGACUUCUCCUGGUGGACAUCAACACACGGUAUUCCACAUAUUGGCCUCGCAAAUGCUCGAUGGCUACGGAUUACAUGGAUAAUUAUUGUGCUGAUCUGCAUCGGUGCCUUCAUUUGGCAGUUCGUUACGCUUCUUAAUACUUAUCUCGCUUAUAAUGUCAACACCGAGACCGAGGUAGAUGCUUACGUAGCUGGCACCGAGGAUGCCGACUACGGUUUUAGCGGACGUCUCGACGGCGAACGUCAACAAAGUGCCACAAAAUUCACUCUUCUGAUGAGUGAAAUCCUCUAUUCGUCAAGUAAGGCGCCGGAAAAGUACUGCAGAAGAAGUACUAGUUUACAGGGUGCGCAACAUGCGUACACAUACGAUGACCUCGUCAUCAGCUGCACCUACAACGCUCAGUCUUGCAAUGUGACGGAUUUUCAAGAGUUCUACGAUCCGACUUACGGUGUCUGUCAUAUGUUCAACUUUGAUGGAACCAAGAAUUCGUCGAGAGCAGGACCUCUCUACGGUCUUCGAAUGGUGAUCCGAACUGAUCAGGCAAAGUACCUGCCGUGGACAGAAACUGCUGGAGUCAUUAUGUCCAUUCAUGGCAAGGACGAAGUACCGUUCCCGGACGUGUUUGGUUACUUCGCUGCUCCAGGAACAGCCACUUCCCUGGUGUUCGAUUCAUCAUGGCAAGCAGACUUGCCACUCCCUUUACGAGUACCUUACACGCAGGACAACACUGCAAUGCAAUGCAUUGACUUUUUACAGAUGGAGUCCUGUUUCCGCAAUUGCCUUCAAGAACGAAUCAUAACCGACUGCAAGUGCUACGAUCCGGCUUAUCGUCAUGGGGAUGACGGUGGAGCCACACCGAGUUGUGCGGUUGGAAAUCAAUCGGAAAACUGUAAGUGUGACUAUCUCCAGAUCUCAAUCUGA